CUGACACCAGAAAUAUACACAACAAACACAAACCCAAACAUAUCGCCAAAACAGACAAGCCAAUUCAUAAGUCAUUCACAAUCUUUAGAAAGGGGGGAAAAAAGAAAAAGAAAAUGGCAGCGAUGAAAUCAUCAAGCAUAAUAUUACAAUCAUCAUCAAUAAAGAUGAGUUCCCAUGGAAGAGGAGGAAUUACAAAGGCGGCAAUGAUCAAUCUCCCAAAAAGAGUGACAAAAAUAAGUCUCCCACAGCUGAGAGGCAACACUACUAGUUUUGAACAACUCGAAAAGCAGCUGAGCCCUAAUGUGGAAGCUCUGAUCGAAAAAGACGAUGGCGAUGCAUUAGUGGUAGCUAAGCUUCACGCGAUUAUGGAAGCAGUUGCAGAUAGAGUUGAAAUGCACAAGAAUAUUGGAGAUCAGAGAAAAGAGUGGAACAGUCUUCUUCUCUCAUCUAUCAACGCUCUCACUCUCGCCGCCGCCACCAUGGCCGGCAUCGCCUCCACCAGCCACGGCGAUGCCACCGCCAUGACCAUUUCUUCCACAGCCAUGUACGUAGCAGCCACGGGGAUGCUUUCCAUUGUCAAUAAGAUCCAACCAUCUCAGCUUGCAGAAGAGCAACGCAACGCAACCAGGUUGUUCAAACAGCUCCACACUCAAAUCCAAACCAUUCUAUCUAUUGGAAAUCCAACUCCCAUUCAUGUCAACCAAAUCAUCGACAAAGUCUUGGCGCUCGACAAGGCCUUCCCGCUCCCUCUCCUCGGCGGGUCCAUGCUCGAUAAAUUCCCGGCCACUCUAGAGCCCGCGGUUUGGUGGCCCCAAAACAUAAGAAAACACCACCCCAAAACUACAAAUCAAGGCUACAACGGCUGGAAUGGUAAGCUGGAGGAAGAAAUGAGAGAAAUAGUAAAGGUGAUGAAGCUCAAAGACGAGGAAGAUUACUUGAGGUUGGCUGGAAAAGCACUCAACCUCAACAAAUUAUUAGCCAAGAGCGCUCCUCUACUCACGGCUAUGGCCGCCGUUGCCUCUUCGCUGCAUUCUCACGGUGGUUGGGCUGCCGCCUUGGCCGUUGGCGGCGGUGCCUUGGCCACCGUCGCAAACUCCUUCGAGCAUGGAGGCCAAGUGGGAAUGGUGUUUGAGAUGUAUAGAAGCAAUGCCGGAUUCUUUAAACUCAUGCAAGAAUCCAUCCAAUCCAACUUGGACGAAGAUGAUUUUGAGCGAAGAGAGAAUGGAGAAAUGCUGGAAAUGAAGGUGGCUUUGCAGUUGGGAAGGAGUUUAUCAGACCUCAGAAAUCUGGCAAAGGAUUCUUCUCUCAAAGGGGAAGCCAUUAACGAGUUUGCAAGCAAGCUUUUCUGAUAUAUUUUCAUCGUACGUACCACUCUUGUAAAGUUAACGUAGCUAGUCUUCCCUAAUUGAUUAGGGUUAAUUACGUCUGUUAAUAUAUACCAAUUAUUCUUUUA